GUAGAGAGCCGUAGUUUUAAUGCUGCAGUUGUGCCGCGUAUUUUACCCCGAAACAAUGUGAAUUUCAUUCUAUUUCGAUCGACGGAGAAAAGGUUUCAUGAUAAAAACAAAUUUGGCACUUGUUAAAUAACAUUAACGCAGUAAUACAAUGAAAUACAUAUACGUAAAAUGAGAGAAAUAUGUCCAACAGACGAAAGAAAGCAGGCGAGAGGUUUUGGAUCCAGAUAUGACUAAAUAUAUUUGCUGUUCCAUUUGCAACCUACUGACGUUUAAAUAAAUUUUAUAUACGUAUCUCUGUCAUGGUGAUUUGCUGAUGGGAAAGAAAGCAUCAUAAUACUCCGAAUAAAACUCAAGAAGACUAAAACGUAUUCUAUGAGUUCAUAUCUUUUUAAACGUCCCAAAUAAUAGCAUCCAUCAAUACCCUAGCACUGUAGCAUAGAUGUCUAGCCUAGCUCUAGCAAAGGGAGGACACAAGCCAUGAAUCCUCGACUGAUGCUGUUCUGGAUUUUUAUUCCACUAGGUGGUUUCCCAAUACCCGAAAAUAUGUAUUUGAAUUUAUUGCCUUAUUUUGAUAAUUCUACUAAGAGAGAUUAUGUAAUAAAUGUCGGACAAACAGCGUAUCUACAUUGCAGAGUUGGCAACUUAGGAGACAGAGCGGUUUCCUGGAUACGGAAACGUGAUUUACACAUUCUAACAGUUGGUAUUUUUACAUAUACGAAUGAUCAAAGGUUUCAGUCACUACAUACGGAUGGUUCAGAAGAAUGGACUUUAGCCAUAGCGUCUGCACAAAUUAGAGAUGGAGGUAUUUAUGAAUGUCAAGUUAGUACAGAACCAAAGAUCAGUCAAUCAUAUCACCUUAGCGUUGUAGUUUCAAAAGCCACCAUAUUGGGAAAUUCUGAAUUAUUUGUACGAUUUAAGAGUGAUAUUAAUCUCACUUGUGUUGUAACUGAAACGCCAAAUCCACCCAGUUUUAUUUAUUGGUAUAGGGGUGGAAAACUAAUAAACUAUCUAGAAAGAGGUGGAAUCAAUAUUGUUACAGAAAAGCAAACUAGAACUAGUCGUUUACGAAUUUCAAAAGUAUUACCAGAAGACAGUGGAAACUAUACAUGUUUACCAUCAUCAGGACAAGCAGCUAGUGUAUUCAUUCAUGUAUUAUUUGACAAACAGCCUGAGGCUAUGCAUCACAGUUUCAAUCUACGAGGAAGUGCCAACCAAAAAACUCACAAUAAAAUUAUUAGAUUGUGUUUAAACUUACUCAUUGUUCCUUAUUACUGUUUACAAAAUAGCUAUGGACUGUAUUUAUAUUGAUGAUAUUUGUAAUAUAAUUUAAAUCAAUAUAAGAUUUUUCAAUCACAAAA